AUGGCGCCCUUCUGGCGUAAAGACACGGCCUCUACGCCCAAUCGAGUCAUCGAUAUCUGGCCCGAGGUAGUUUUCCUCGAAUACAACUGCUUCUACAUGAGAGACAUCUGCAAGAACUCCGAGAACUGGUUCGCGACACCGAAGGGCAUGGCACGAGUCCCCAGAUACCGAUUCGGCUACGACUUCAACACGGGGAAGAGCAAUUCGUUUCGCAGUGCUCAACGUCGUUCAGCCUCCUGUCCCAGCUCGUGGAAGAGGAACCAUGUCUGUCCCGAAACCGACCAGCUCGAAGUCAUGCGCCACGACGGCCAGUGGCCGCACAAUGACCUUGAGCCCAACACCAACGUCAACCAGAUCCGCAGCCGUAUGGUCAACGGCCGUCUCGAGAGCUCCCAGCUCCGUUACACAUGUGACGAGUUCCCGCCCGCCACGUGGAUCGAGGGCGGUUCGGGGUUCGAUUCCGUCGAGGCUCGUGCAAUAGCUGCCGAGACUCGCUGUGCGGCUUUCCGCUGCGGUAAAGGUGUCAAAUCCGAACAAAACUGGCAGGCCACUGCCCAUUUAAAGCUGCAACACGAACUCAAGGCCGUCGUGGAUCGUCGUCACCGGCAGUUUCCAUUCUACCAGGCCAAAGACAGCGUUGCGCUCUUCAUGUUUCGUACGACCAAUGUCGCCAACGGCUACGCUGCCAAGAUCUACACGUACAAGGACGCGUCGCAGAGUGGCCAGGUUCAUGACCCUGUCACGGUGAGCCAGGCGAAGCGUGCCGCUGCGGCCGGCAACGAAACGGCCGAACGUGAGGCCUUCUGGGAAUGGGCCGACACCGUCACCAUGGAAGAACUUGUAGCUAUGGGGCCCAGUCGCGUCCGAGAAGACCGUGUCUUUGCCAAUGUCACGAUCUGUGAGGUUGAAUCCUUGUAUGACGCGAGCGGUGCCUGGAUGAAUUUUGUCGGUGCCGAUCUGUCUGGCCCGAUGUCUCCAAGACCCAGACACGAAACCACCAAGAAAGCCCGUGACAUAGACGUCACAACAGAUCAGUCAGUGGCGCCGCUUGCCAAAACCGCCUCUUCGUCCGACCUUGCUCGCGCUCGCGCCAUUGUCGAGGAGGCCAUCCUCAAGUCAGCCGAGCUUAAUACGGCACGCUUAGAACACCCAUUAAGAAACAAGUAUUCCCUCCAUCCCGGGACUGUCAUCGGAGGCUCCAUCGCGCGACGACACCGUCGUGACGAGGUUGAGACCGUCCCUCCCCUUCUCAAGAUUACUGAUGAGAUCGCAGCUGCUGCUGCUCUUGUCUCGGAGGCAGAUGCACUUAAACUGUCGGGGAACAUUAUAAAACGCCGGAUAGCCCCCUAUGCGGACGACACCAAGGCUAUCAAAGCGGCCAUAAAUGACCAGAAGCAAUGUAGUGAAAAGUGUGAUUGCUCAACAAUUAAGAACGCCAUUGUCUACUUCCCCCCAGGUAACUAUAGAGUGUCCUCGACUAUUCCAGUCCCAUUUGGGACCCAGAUCAUUGGUGAUGCUAACUCGAGACCAACCAUUGUUGCUACUCGAAACUUCAUCGGCCUCGGCGUACUCUCCGUAAAUGAAUACACAGGCGGAGGCACAGGUCCCGACGGCCUUGACCAGCAAUGGUACGUCAACACGGCCAACUUCUACCGCCAGUUGCGCAAUGUGGUCAUCGACAUCACGCAGACACGCGCCGUCCAAAAGGUUGCGGGCCUGCAUUACCAGGUAGCUCAGGCGACAAGUAUUCAGAACGUCGAGAUCAUCGCGGCUCCCGGUAGCACGCAGAUGGGAAUCUUUGCCGAGAACGGAAGCGGCGGCGUGAUUUCAGACAUUACUUUCCGUGGAGGCCAGUUUGGUAUCUACGGUGGGAAUCAGCAAUUUACAGCCCAACGACUCCAGUUUAUUGGCUGUGACACUGGAGUUCGGAUUAUCUGGGACUGGGGUUGGAUCUGGAAAUCAAUCACUAUGACUAAUGUCCGUGUCGGUUUUCAACUCCUCACAGAGAAACAGAGCUCCAAUACCAAGAGACAAACAGUCCCUGGAAAGGCUUCCGAGGGGAAUGAAAAGCCCGGAUCCGGUAGCAGCAGCGUCAUCAUCGAGCACGUUAAUUUCCAAGGCAUCGGCAAGGCCGUCGCCGACACCAGUGGAGCAACUUUGCUCCAGGCCUCAGGUACUAUCGACUAUUGGGCUCUAGGUCCGGUACACGGUGCAGCCGGUACCCGAGAUUUCUCGCGUGGCGGCAAGAUCGGAUCCUUCCGUCGCGUAAACGGGCUUCUGGAUGACCAGGGAAACUAUUUCGAGAGGGCGAAACCCCAGUAUGAAGAUCGAGCCCUCGGCGACUUUGUUCAAAUCAGGGAUGUCGGUGCCAAGGGCGAUGGCGUGACUGACGACACGGCGGCAUUCCAGUCGGCGCUUUAUGCCAGCCAGGGCAAGAUUCUCUUCGUCGACGCGGGAUCCAAUCCCAAGGUCAUGGUCCGAGUUGGAAGUCCGGGCAACGUCGGCGAUGUCGAAAUGCAGGACCUCAUCUUCACCAAUCGCGGCGCCACCGCUGGUCUUAUUCUCCUGGAAUGGAAUAUCCGAGCGGCGAGUCCCGGAUCGGCUGGUCUCUGGGACUGCCAUGUGCGCAUCGGUGGUGCCACAGGCACCGAGCUGACGCCCGACGAGUGUCCGGCACUUCGGAGCGGCAUCGCGCCGGGCUGCAAUGCGGGCAGUCUCAUGAUGUACAUUACCCUGACUGCAUCGGGCUACUUUGAAAACAUGUGGCUCUGGGUGGCUGACCACGAUAUUGACGACCCGGAUUUGGUCGACGCAAAUAAUACCAUGGUGCAGAAAUCGGUCUAUUUCGCUCGCGGCUUGCUAGUCGAAAGCGUCGAGCCUACGUGGCUGUACGGCACAUCAUCUGAGCAUGCUGUCUUUUAUCAAUACAAUUUCCACAGGUCAAGGAACAUCUUUGCCGGGAUGAUCCAGACCGAGAGCCCAUACUACCAACCCACACCGCCGCCUCCUGCGCCGUUUGAAGAUGCCGUGGGUAAGGUAGUCGGGGACCCCAGCUACGUCUGCCAAGCCGAUGACGAGUUCAGUGGAUGCGACGAAUCCUGGGCCGUCAUCAUGCGCGAGUGUGCCAACAUCUUCGUUGCUGGUGCCGGCUUAUACUCGUGGUUUUCAACAUACACGCAGGAGUGCAUCGAUGAACACGCAUGCCAGAAAGCCCUAAUGCUUCUGGACGACAACUUCUCCGGCGUACGGUUCCAGAACCUCAUCACCAUUGGCGCAAAGUACAUGGCCAUUAUGGACGGGGUUGGAAUCAAUGCAACUGACUAUCUCAAUGUCGAGAGCCACCCUCGCUGGUCACAAAUAUCUGUCUUGGACGUCCAAAGCAAUGGUGCCCAGUAUGACGAGAAGAUCUGGAUCGACCCCAAGAUCUGGGAUAUGGAGCAGCCAGCCUUCACCUGUUCGCCGCCGUGUCUCGUCAACAUCCCUCCGUGGACCAAGGCCACGCGGGUUGUGAACUAUCCCAAGAUUACCGUCUCGGACGGAGACUGGACCACCACAGUCACAGCGCCCCCGGUGACUAUCACCCAGCUUCUUUUCGAAGUCGUGACACUUGCUCGCGGCGGUGGGAAUCGGCGACGCGCUGUACAAGACUUUACCCCAUUCUGGCCCAAGCCCGCCACCACACCGUACUGGCCCCCUAUCACGUUCACGGAUCGACAGGGGAACAUCGCUACGACGGCGGCUGCAGUUGCGUUUCCGGCGCCGCCCGACUCCAUCGGGCCCGACGCACCACCGCCCGAAGCCGGCCAGUGGCCCAAACGAUGGAUUGAACCGUGGGAUGGCUUGAUCGAUGACCCGUUCGUGCAGCCGUGUUACUGGACCGACUUCGGAUGCUUUCCAGACCCAUUCCGGGAUUACAAUCCCGCGCCAGACCCCGGCGACGAUUUUGAUGAGAACUGGGAAGACGCCUCGGUGACGUGUCCCGCGCCCUCUUCCACCACUACAGCAAGCAAGACAACAGUCACCCAGGAGCCCGAGCCGUCGCCCACCGAGACCUGGGAAAAGGCCACCAACGGCCAGCUCUCGGCAGCGAGCAACUCUUUCUGCCGGUCGCUCGGCGACGAGGGCGUCGUCCUACGCGUCCCCGCCGGCCGGUCAUCUCAGGUCAUCUCGCGAAACUACGAGCCGCCUGCGAAUGGGCAGUGGCCUAUUAACAUUGACGUGUCGCUCGAGAUUCGCAAUGGGUGCGAGUUUACGGUCAACUAUAACCAGUGCAUGAGGUAUCUCAAGGUGCCCAUUGAUUCUUGUGACUGCGGAGGGAUCAAUGGGAAACAGGGCGGUUGGGUGGCGAAUCGAUGCUAUACCUGGAGAAUAGAUCCGCAGACAUUUUAG